UCUUCAAAAUAAAAACUAUUAUGGCAUUUGAAGGAAACAUUAAUAUCGAAAUAUCUCCGGCCUUUAUAGAUGUCUUGCAAAAUGAUUUCAAGAAUCUCUCUAUGGAAUGCAAGAAGAAAUAUCCUCAAGUUAGAGAGGCUGCCGAAGAAGCUAUAUUGAAGCUGAAAAGCGUUGUAUCAAACCCACAAAAUACAAUGUAUAUCAUAAAUCAAAUCAUCUAUCCCUUAUCACAAGGAUGUGAAACAAAAGAUGUAAAAAUUAUAAAAUUAUGUCUUCAAAUCAUGCAAAAACUAAUAACACAUCAGCUUAUCGACCAAAAGGGUGCUAUGUUUAUUACGAACACUCUGUGGCUGUUAAUGGAAUCUGGUAUUGAAGAGGUGAAACUUCUGCAAUCUGCCACACUUCUUCUUACCACAAAUAACAUAGUCCAUGGUGAUACAUUAGCAAAAACUCUAGUUCUAUGUUUUCGUUUACAUUUUGCCAAAAAUUCUACCACAAUAAACACAGCUGGUGCUACAGUUAGGCAAUUAGUUUCUUUAGUUUUUGAAAGAGUGGUUGCAGAAGAUGAACAUAUGUCGAAGUUAGAGCAUCCUCCACCACCUAGACAGAUUAAUUUAGAGGACUUAAAAAGUCCAAGUCCUCAUGCUCCAAAGGGUUUACCUGCUUGUGCAGCUGAUGCUUAUUUACUUUUUCAAGAUUUAGUACAGUUAGUACAUGCAGAUCAACCAUGUUGGUUGAUUGGUAUGACUGAAAUGACAAGAACCUUUGGCUUAGAACUUUUAGAAUCUGUUUUAGUUCAGUAUUCUCAGAUUUUUUAUAAGAAUGAGGAAUUCAGCUUCCUUCUGAAAGAGAGGGUUUGUGCAUUAGUCAUAAAGCUAUUCUCCCCAAAUAUAAAGUAUCGGAAUACAAUGCCACAAAAUGUUCAGCAAGCCACACCAUUUGAAAAGCCAUAUUUUCCAAUAAGCAUGCGCUUAUUGAGAGUUGUGUCAAUAUUGAUUCAGAAGUAUCACAGUCUUUUGGUCACAGAAUGUGAAAUAUUCUUGUCUCUCAUCGUGAAAUUCUUGGAUCCUGACAAACCUAGCUGGCAAAGAUCUCUGGCUUUAGAGGUUCUGCAUAAAAUGACUAUUCAGCCUGAUUUACUAAACUCUUUCUGUUCCUGCUACGAUCUCAAUAAACAUACAACCAGUAUAUUUCAAGAUAUUGUCAACUCUUUAGGAGCUUAUGUUCAGUCUCUCUUCGUUAAUCCUCAACUCCAAAUGACUGGAAAUGGACCAAUGGUUCAAAGUCAAGCUCCUGGUUAUAUUGGAGGAAUACCUGCCACUCCAGGUAUAUCUCCUCAACCUGGAUUUCUCUUGAGAGGUGUUUGGCUUCCAAUAGUUACAAUUUUUCCUACAGGACACGCCAGACCUGUCUAUUUGGAAAUGCUCGAUAAAAUAGAGCCUCCUGCAAUACCAGAUGGUUAUGGCAUAUCGAUAGCAUAUGCAAGUCUUCUAGAGAUCAUAAGAUCCCUUCAAAUAACAAUAUCAGUCCAACCUUCACAGAACCCAGAAUUGAAAAUCAAAGAUAGAGAGUUGCAUUGUCAACUGAUACAGUCCAGUUGGUGUGGUCUGUUGUCUGCUCUGAGUCCCCUCAUCGAUGCCAGCACCGAAGAAGCAAUCACAGAGAAUAUACUAAAAUCGGUUCAGACCUAUGCUGCCCUUUGCGGGGAAUUGGAUCUUACAGUGCCUAGGGACGCUUUCAUUACAGCUAUUUGCAAAUCUUCUCUACCCCCGCAUUACGCUUUCACAGUUUUGAAUACUGUAGCUUCUGGCAUCAACCUAAGGGCCGGUCUUCGUGAAAGCCAAGAUUUGAGCAAUCUUGUUCCUCAAUACUCCGACCUAGACUGUAGGUUACAAGUGGUUGCCGUUGGAACACCUUUGCCAACAUCUUCUGUGCCUGCAGGAACACAACAAGGACCUGUGAUGUUAACUUCGAAGAAUCUGCAAUCUAUGAGGGCCCUAUUGAACUUAGCGCAUUGCCAUGGAAGUAUUUUGGGUACAGCUUGGCAUCUUGUCCUAACAACUCUUCAACAUCUGGUGUGGAUACUGGGUUUGAAACCGUCCACAGGUGGUAGUUUGAAAGCUGCAAGAGUGACAGCUGAUACGAACAAUGUUAUAACGACUUCUGUGAUGGCUGAUCUUCCUGUUUUGUCUCAGAUGCUGAGUAGACUGUUUGAGUCUAGCAGAAAUUUAGAUGAUGUCACCUUACAUCACUUGAUUGAUGCGCUAUGUAAACUAUCGCAGGAGGCCAUGGAACUUGCUUAUUCCAAUCGGGAGCCGUCUUUGUUCGCCGUUGCCAAAUUAUUAGAAACCGGGAUUGUUAACAUGAAUCGAAUUGAAGUUUUAUGGAGGCCCCUUACGAAUCACCUUCUUGAAGUUUGUAGACACCCUCAUAUUAGGAUGAGAGAGUGGGGAGUAGAAGCUAUAACAUACCUAGUGAAAUCGGCACUUCAUUACAAACAUGCUUUACCACUUAGGGAAAACCAGAAGCUCCAAACACUGCUCUUGGGGCCCCUCUUCGAGCUGUCUGCUAUUCCUCAUGGGGACGUUAGACAGAGACAGUUGGAAUGCGUAUUGCAAAUCCUGCAUAGUGCAGGAGAAACAUUAUCACACGGUUGGCCACUCAUUUUGGGUAUUAUAGGUGCUGUGAAUGAUCAACAUGGGGAAAAUUUGAUCAGGAUUGCGUUCCAGUGUUUGCAGCUUGUGAUAACAGAUUUCUUACCUGUCAUGCCAUGGAGGUGCCUGCCAUUAUGCGUUGAUACAGUCUCUAAAUUUGGGUCCCAAACCCAAGAACUGAAUAUUUCAUUGACAGCUGUAGGUCUCAUGUGGAACAUAUCCGACUAUUUCUAUCAAAACCAAGGAAAAUUGAGUCAGACAUUGAUAGACGACAUGACUGUCCUACCUGAUUUCCCUGGUACCUUGAACAUGCCCAGUUUCGACAAACUCUGGAUGUGCCUCUACGCCAGACUGGGCGAACUUUGUGUGGACUCGAGGCCCGCAGUCAGAAAGUCCGCUGGUCAGACCUUGUUUUCGACCAUAUCCGCACACGGCAGUUUGCUGAAACAAUCCACUUGGCAGGCGAUUCUGUGGCAGGUUCUGUUUCCUCUAUUGGACAAAGUUAGAACGUUGUCGAAUUCGGCUAGCAGCGAAAAAGUUGACGCGGGAGGAAAUAUACUUAUUCAUCACUCAAGAAAUACAGCACAAAAACAGUGGGCUGAAACGCAAGUUUUAACAUUAUCUGGAGUAGCUAGAGUUUUCAAUACGAAAAGACUGUUGCUCCAAGCGCUCGGCGAUUUCUCCAGGGCUUGGGCGUUAUUGUUGGAGUUCAUCGAGUAUGCAGCGUUGAGUAAAAACAACGAAGUCUCGAUAGCUGCCCUGAAAUCUUUCCAAGAAAUACUUUUUCAAAGUAAAGGACAACAUGGCGAGAAACAAGUGGACGAUAAAGAAAUUUGGCAAGUUGCGUGGAAGAUCUGGAUGAGAAUAGGCACAGAGAUAACUCAACAAUCAACUGAAGUGGAUUCCGGUGAGGACAUCUACGUCCCAAGUCAAGCAUUUCUCACAGCACUUGUUCAAAUAUUUCCCAACAUAUUUUCGCACAUCAAACACAAUUUUGGGCUGGAGGAUCUUAGAAAUUUGAACAAGGUUUUAUCGAACGCCGUUAGCGUUCCCGUUUGCGGCGAAACGGCUCCUUACAUCAUUCCAUCUAGCUCUGACCUAACGUUGACUCCUUUACAUGACGGCAUACUCCAUGCCAUGGACUUGAUACAGAAAGAAGUAGUUUCGAGGAAUUUGGGUAAAAUGCUACCGGAGAUUUUUAUUCAGCUUCUCGUCUUUGCCAAAUACAUGUGCACCCCACCGGCGUACAGUAAAAUCGAUCAGAAGCAAAAUAGGACUUCGGAAUGGGUAUCUAUGAAUUACAUUCCGUUUGGUGAAAAGGCGACCAUGAUGGUCGUUAAGUUGUAUGAAAAGACUGCUGAGAAUCCCGAGGUGGUCAGCGCAGGUAUUCUUCAUAAAAUAAUAACCACUUUGCACACGCCAUUGGCUCUGAAAUACGAUUGUUCUUCGAGUUCGAUUUGGAAGCUGGCAGCUAACAGUUUAAUCGCCGUAUUGAAGACUGGUAUAAAAGUGGCCAGGAACCAUGGAAAUCAAUUCGCCCCUAUGUGGGGUGAGUUAUCGGCUGCUUUGAACGAUUUCCUCUUUCCAGAUAGUUGCGCUCCUUUGGAUAAAGGUAUUGAAGAAAUGGUUUCAGACGAAGCAACGGACUGUCAGCUGAUAGAGCUUCUCCGGACGGAAGUUCUUCCUUAUUCCACUGUUAUUCCAAAAGAUUUUAUAAUGCAAGUUGUUAUUUUAUUGAAUAAGGGGUCCAUUCAUUCUGCGACAAACGUCAAGUCUGACGUUGAGACUGAAAUAACUUUAAGAGAAGAAUUUGCCAAAACUUGCUUCGAGACUUUGCUUCAGUUUUCUUUAAUGGACGGGGACAAUAAACCAUUAGUCAUGAGCGAUGAGAAGCACAAGGAUAUUGCUGGACAAUUGGCUGUCACAUCUCUGUUACAACGAUUCCAGGAGGUGCUGAAGAAGUAUAUUGAUGAUGAGAAGUUGAGCGGCAAAUGUCCUUUACCUAGAUAUCGCCUAUCAGAAAUAUCAUUCGUGCUAAAAGCUGUUACUACCUUGAUAAUAUCAAUGAAAAAAGCUUCUUUAGUUAAAGAUAAUACGGCUUGGGAACAUCUCAUUAGAUUGUACCCAUAUCUUGUGGAGUGUACUACAACAUCAUCAAUGCAGGUGUCUAGACCUCUUCGAGAAGCCCUUCUACAAUACUGUGAUCUUCUACAACCACCCCAAAAUAAAAAAGCAAAUGGGGUAAAAAAUUGAAUUUUAAUUUUGUAAUGUACCUGCAGGUUUUCAUAUCAGAACUUGAUUAUCACUGAUUAAUAUGACAAAUAAGUUUUGGGAACCAACAUCGAAUUUAUUACUUGAAGUUUUUCUUUCCAGAAACCGGGUCAACUUUUUUAGUAGUAAUGUUUUAAAUGUAUAAAUUGAAUUUUUAGGGUGCUGAAGAAUCUAAGCAGAAAUCCCAAAAGCAAGAAUCCAUUACCUAUAAUUCUGAAGAUUGUUCAAUUCAAUAAAUUUCAAUGUUUCUUUACUAGCAUUCAUAGUUUCAAGGGAUAUGUGUGAUCAACCUAGAAAUUUCUAAAUGGAAAAUUUGAAUGUUUCCUAUGGAAUCUACAUAUGUUUUGAAAUGUUACAAAGUUUUAUUAAUCGUUCUUUUAUCAUCAUGAAUAUUGUUCCGUAUGUUCAGUAUUGUCUUGAAAAAUCUGUUUCUAUUGAAUAACAGACUUGGGUUCAUUUUGUUACUUGUAUUAUAUUAUGUAAAUUAACCAAAUUAUCUAUUUAUUAUAUAUCUACUUAGUAGACAUUAAAAUUUUUCAAAUAA